GUGUGUGUGUGUGUGUGUGUGUGUGAGAGUGUGUGUUGGGGGGAGAGGAUGAAGACGCACAGAGUACGAGUGUUAAUGUGUUAGAGAAGAUGAUGAAGAGCCGAGCAUCAGAUACUCAACACUGCACACCGCGGAGCCGCUGACCGUCUGGAGGAGAAAAGAAUGGUCAGUGGAAAUGAGCUCUUCAGUGUCCGUACAUGAAUUUUUCCCCUCUCCUCCCCCCGGCCAGGUCAGAGGAAGCCGUGGUGAGUUGUUCUGUAGCGAGGGUUCGAACAUGCACACGGGAAAAUCUGAAGUGUGCAUCCACUCCAAGUGCGCGGCGCUCCUGGGAAUGCUCGGUCACCAUCACGGCUUUACUGACUUCUCGGAUCUGACGGAUCUGUGCUGGAAGCAGGACGAGCGAGCGGAGUGCCUACAGGACGCCGAACUCCUCCGUCUGAAAACGGCUCAGGAGAAGCAGCAUCCUGACAAAACCUCCGGAUUCUGCAUGGCUCCAGGACAAGGACAAGCAAACGUCAGUCGUGUCUCAUUCUGCCCGGAGAAGGAUGGAGGGAGUGAGUUAUCAGCGGAGGAGUGUGCUUUACUGCGCUGUGGACUGAACCUUCCGGCUCUUUCCGGAUCCCAGUACAACCAGAGAGCACACUGUGAAGCGGACUGCAGGUCUUCAUCCUUUCAGCAAGAUCUAGGCUACGCUGUCAAGCAGGAGGAAUCGCUGCCUUUCAAGCCGUCAUCGGAUUCGCCUGAGGUCUCGCCGGAGGCGGACGCCGUGGUGUCCUCGGCCCUAUCAGCGCCGUCCGCGCCAUAUGCCUUUAAUAAUGAACAUGGCUCCUCCCCUUCACCUGCUGUGUCUCGUCACUCGGCGCUACCGCUGAACUCCGGCGCUUUGAAGCGACACUGUCUGUCCGGCCGGAUCGCUGCCGCCACCCGGAUGUCGUCCUGCGCCAACGGCGUUGUUGAGCGUCUGAACCCGUCUCCACCCGCCUGCCUCCUGUCCUCGUCUUCAUCCUCCUCCACGUCUUCGGUGUCUUCGUCGCUUUGCGAGGAUCCCGCGUCCAUGCAGACACCGGUGCCCAAGAACCUGAACCUGCUCCUGCAGCCGCAGCGGACGUUUCUGAAACAGGAGCCUCUGGACGACUUUUCUCACUCUGAAGACGAUCUGUUUCAGCACCAGUACCACCCGCACCAGCAGCAGCAGCCGCUGUCCUGCCCGCCUCGGACCCCCAUGCCACCCCCUUACCACAUGCACCAGUACGGCUCUGGGAACGGUGCCCAGCUCCACCUCCAGAACCAGCAGGAACCAUUAGGUGUGGCACGAGGACGAGGGGAAGACGGCGGUGUUGUUUACAUGGACAAGCAGAUGUGUCGGUGGAUCGACUGCAGUGCGGCAUACGAGCAGCAGGAGGAGCUGGUGAGGCACAUCGAGAAGGUCCACAUCGACCAGAGGAAGGGCGAGGACUUCACCUGCUUCUGGGCCGGCUGCAUCCGACGCUACAAACCCUUCAACGCCCGAUACAAACUCCUCAUCCACAUGAGAGUGCACUCCGGAGAGAAACCCAAUAAGUGCAUGUUUGAGGGCUGUAAUAAAGCGUUCUCUCGUCUGGAGAACCUGAAGAUCCACUUGCGCAGUCACACAGGUGAGAAGCCGUACCUGUGUCAGCACCCAGGCUGCCAGAAAGCCUUCAGCAACUCCAGCGACCGAGCCAAGCACCAGCGCACACACCUCGACACCAAGCCGUACGCGUGUCAGAUCCCUGGCUGCACCAAGCGCUACACAGACCCCAGCUCCCUGCGCAAACAUGUCAAGAUCCACUCUGCCAAAGAGCAGCAGGUUCGUCGGAAGCUGAGGACGUGUCCCCAUUUGGAAGCGGAUGUUCUGAGCGAAUGCCUGCAUCUACAUGGCCCCGCCCCCUCACAACACUGCCCCGCCUCUUCUCAGCAUUGCCACGCCCCAUCUCAGCACCACGUUAACGGGAAGGACGGACGCUCUCCUGCACUGGGACAGGACAUAUUUACAGGCUUGUUCUCUGGCUCCAGCACUGAUCUGCUCUCUGCCCCAGCUCACCUUCCCCCACGACCACCCCGCCUGGACCGCGAUGACAUCAUCAACACCCAGAAUCCUCCACAGCUGCCCUCAGCACCCCAAGAUGGGUUAUCUGGUCCAUUGCUCUCUCCAGGAAUCAGUCCACUGAAGGCUCCGUCUCCAUCGUCCACGCUGGUGGAGAAACAGCAGAACCUGUCGUCCACACAGCAGCACCACAAAUCCUACUCCACCUUCCACAACCUGACUGAAGAUUAUCGAGGAAAUUUCCAGAGCUGCUUCCAUUUUGGGGAGAAUUACAGAGCAGAGCAGAACAUCAACAACACUCACGUCCCUGCAGAUCCUCACAACUUCAACACACACUCACACAAUGGCUUACACACCAGCUCCAAUGCAGGGUUCAGUUUGGUACCGGAUCUUGGAGGUUCUGUGUCCCAGUUCAGUCUCAGUGCAGAUGACAGCGUCUUCUUCCAGCUCGGAGCCUUCGAGCGAAGCCUGAGUCAAAUGUCCUCAGUGUACACAGAGACGUAGAGCAUCACUCCAUCCAUCACUCCAUCACUAUAUCACUCUUUCACUAUCCAUCAACCUAUAACUCUGUUACUAUAGUACUCCAUCACUCUAUCUUUCCAUCACUCUGUCAAAAUAUCACUGCGUUAGUCUAUCACUCUAUCACUAUUCCUCCAUCACUCCAUCAUUCUUUCACUCUGUCACUGUUCGUUUGUCACUCUUUUACUCUAAUACUGCCGUUCUUUCCUUGCACUUCCAUUCUCUCUCCCAUUCUCUAUCACUCCAUCAUUCUAUCACUCUGUCACUGUUUCUUUGUCACUCUUUUACUCUAAUACUGUCAUUCUAUUCUGUCACUCUUUCAUCACAGCAUUCUAUCACUCCUUCACUGUUCCCCCCUCACUCUAUCAUGCCAUACCUCUUUCACUUUAUCACUCCAAAACUGUUUCUCCAUCACUUUUCUAUCACUCCUUCACUGUUCCCCCCUCACUCUAUCAUGCCAUACCUCUUUCACUUUAUCACUCCAAAACUGUUUCUCCAUCACUUUUCUAUCACUCUGUCACUGUUCCUUUAUCACUCUCACUCAGUUAUUCUGUCCUGUCACUCUCGUUCUUUCUCACUCCUUCACUGUUUCUCCAUCACUCUAUCACUCCUUUAUCACAUCAUUCUAUCACUCCAUCACUACUCUUUCUCAUGUUCCCUUUUUUCUCUCUCUCUCUCUCUCUCUCUCUCUCUCUCUCUCUCUCUCUCAGCUGAAGUGUAUAAGAAUUAUAUAGGCUUUGUGUGUAGCGUUGCUGUGUUUAUCAGUGAAUGUUUGCAGCGUGUGUAUUGUGUGUGUUUAUGAUUUUUGCUCCAGUCUGGUUUUGUGUGUUUUUUGUUUUUGUUUUUGUUUUUUGAUGGAUUUCCUCGUCCAUUGAGCUUCUGUCAGAUGUAUAAAAUGUACAGUUUGUUAAACUAUUAAUUAUUGUGUCACUAUAUCAUGUCUCAGAAAAUAAAUUUCCCUUUAAUAAUGCAGCU